AUGGCGUCCAAGGUGCCCGUCUACUCAACAAACGACCUCAAGUCGACUACUGAUGAUGCUCUCCUCCCUUACCUGGCCAACCUCCCCGCACCUUUCACCUUCACGAUAGACCACACCAAGAGCAACAUCCGCUUCCUGCUUGGAUACAGCGCCGUCGCAAUCGCCGGCUUCACAUUCUAUGCCGACCGUAAACUAGGCUGGGAAGCGACUACCUCACCUUGGAUUAUGGCCGCCGUUGUCUCGUACUUCAUCUUGAACAGCGCGCUUACAUUCUGGAUCUGGGCCGUCGAGGCAGGAGAGGUGUUUAGCGGAAAGCGCAAGUCUGGAGAGACUAUCUCCAUUUCCUCAUCCGUCGUGAAGAACAGCGUUCCAUAUAAAUUGCACGUGGUCUACAAAGCCCCCAAUGGGAAGGUCCUCCAAGACAAGCGUUUCGAAGCACCUUUCACCACAUGGUUCUCACAAGACGGCGUGUUUCAUCCCGAGCCGUUCCGUCGCUGGUUGGCCAGUGAGGUCGACGUGUUGAGGUUGGCAGCGAAGGAGAACGAGAAGAAGACUGGUGGUGUCUCUACUGUUGUUCCGCCGCCGGGUGAGAGCAGCAAAGAUGCCAAGUGA